CGCUGCGCUGUGCUGUGUGCUGUGCUGUGUGCUGUGCUGUGUGCUGUGCGCUGUGUGCUGGAAUGUGCGGCGCCUCCCGCCGCGCCGCCGCCGCUAGCAGCACCUCCCCGCCUCGCGCGCGCCCCUGCCCCGCGCGCACCGCCCCGCGCCCCGCAGCAGACGCGCGGCCGGGCGGCCCCGCGCCGCCGAAUUACUGACAUGGCAACUCAAGUGCUGGGACAGUCUGGUGGGAACGGGCUCUUUUCUGGCAGUGCUAAUAUUGGUAUGGGACUGUCCAGUGAUAUGUAUGACUUGCAUGACCUUUCUAAAGCUGAGCUGGCAGCUCCUCAGCUCAUUAUGUUGGCGAACGUGGCCUUGACAGGAGAAGUCAAUGGUAACUGUUGUGAUUACCUGGUUGGAGAAGAGAGACAAAUGGCAGAACUGACAACAGUGGGGGACAGCAACUUCUCAGACAGUGACGGAGAGGGUAUGGAAGAUACCCAGGCUGCAGAGAGUGACCGUGAGGCACCUGAAAAUGAGGAAUUAAGCUCUCUUGAAGUUCCUAAUGUAGAAACCCAAGGUCCAUCUGCUUGUUCCCCUACUAAAACUCCCAGUGUGGAUAAAGACGUCUCAUUGGAAGCACCGGGUACUCCAGAAAGCACAGAGGACAAGUCUAAGAGCUCAAAGAGCAAACCGUUCCGUUGUAAGCCUUGCCAGUACGAGGCAGAGUCUGAAAAGGAGUUUGUGCAUCAUAUCAGGGUUCACAGUGCUAAGAAAUUCUUUGUGGAAGAAAAUGCAGAAAAGCAAGCCCAGGUGAAGGAGUCUGAUUCUUGCACUGCAGAAGAGGUGGAUUUCUCUAAGGGCCCAAUCCGUUGUGAUCGUUGCGGGUAUAACACUAACAGAUAUGAUCACUAUCUGGCUCACUUGAAGCACCACAACAAAGCAGGGGAAAAUGAGAGAGUCUACAAGUGUACCAUAUGCACUUAUACUACCGUCAGUGAAUAUCACUGGAAGAAACACCUAAGAAAUCAUUUUCCCCGGAAAGUAUAUACCUGCUCACAAUGCUCCUAUUUUUCAGACAGGAAGAACAAUUAUAUUCAACAUAUUCGAACUCACACAGGGGAGCGACCCUAUCAAUGUGCUAUGUGUCCUUAUUCCAGCUCUCAGAAGACCCAUUUAACCAGGCACAUGCGCACCCACUCAGGUGAGAAGCCAUUCAAAUGUGAUCAGUGCAGCUAUGUGGCCUCAAACCAGCAUGAAGUAACUCGUCACGCAAGGCAGGUUCACAACGGGCCGAAGCCUCUGACUUGCCCACACUGUGACUACAAAACAGCUGACCGCAGCAAUUUCAAAAAGCACGUUGAGCUCCACAUCAAUCCACGCCAGUUUCUCUGUCCUGUUUGUGAUUACGCAGCGUCUAAAAAAUGCAACCUGCAGUAUCACAUCAAAUCCAGGCAUCCGGAUUGUUCUGAUAUUACCAUGGAUGUUUCAAAGGUGAAGCUACGGACUAAAAAGAGCGAAGCUGACUUUUCUGAAAGCAGUAAUGACAAAGUGGAGAAGGAACAAAUGAAAGGGGAUUCAGCUGCAAAGAAAACUGAGAAAAUUGUGAAAGUGGAGAAAAAAGAUUAUUCAGCAAAGGAAAAGAAGCCAACGAGCAAUGUUUAUGCAGGCCAGGUGACAACCAGGAGUCGGAAAUCGGCUUCGGAAAACAAGGAGGUGGAUAUUAAAACUGAGAAAAAUACUGAGAAAACAUGUAAAACAAAGAAGAUAAAAAGAAAGGCAGAGGCUGAAGUAACUUCCUCAAAGCAAGAGCCUGCAAAUACCUCAGCAGUAACAAAGAAAAAGAAAGCGGAAACUAAACCCAGAGACUGCCAGGAAGCUCAGAAAAGUGAUGUUGUACCAGAGGAGGAGCCUAAAAAGCAAAAUUCUUGCCUCAAGAAAAACAGAAAAAAGAAAGCCCUGAAAAACAAGCACAGUAAGAAAAGCAGUAAACUCGAUCAGGAGAAGAUCGAGGAUGAGGAGAUGCCAGAUGAGUGUCCUACCACAGAAGAGGAUGGAAGCAUGAAGCCUGAGACUGAGGGCAGCAGCCAGAAGGAGCAAGAUGCCACUGACACCGUGGUGUUAAACAAUGGAGGUGGCCUUGUGCUCAAGGGUGAGAGCACCCAUCCCAAAGGAAGCUGCACACAAGACCCAGGGCAGCUUUGUCUGCCAGCUCUGGAUACAAAGACAGGAUCUGAGGUAGAGGACCAAGAAAUGCCUGCUGCUGCAGGGGAGAGUGUAGGCACUGUUGGUGAAAAUGAGGAGAGAAAGACGGACAGAGGGGAAGACGCUUGCUCUGAGGAGUCUUCCCAUGCAGUGUCUUCUGAAAAAAGCUUGGAUGUGCCCAUCGAUGUGGUACCAGAUCUGGUGCCUGAGCAGGAGCCAGAGGAAACCCGUGUGGCAGAAACUGUGGGUCACUCGGACCCGAUGGAGCUGACCAAGAUGUGCCUGCCAGCAACAGAGCCCAUGGGGGAUGCUGUGUCGGCACCUGCAACCCCAGAAGGGUGUACGCAGAGCCCUAAAGUAGCUCUGGCCUUAUCAUCUCCAGAUAACACAGCAGUGAAUGAAUCUCAGGAAAUAGAUGAGGAUGAGGGCAUCCACAGCCACGAAGGCAGCGACAUAAGUGACAACAUAUCAGAAGGAAGCGAUGACUCGGGUUUAAAUGGCACUCGCUCCGUACAAGAGGAAACAAGUCCAAAGAAGUCACAAGGAGCUGCAGACACCACAGUGGCCAGGGAGAACUAUGUGUGCAUUUUUUGUGACCGCUCAUUUAAAAAGGAAGGUGAAUACAGCAAGCACCUCAAUCGCCAUUUAGUCAAUGUCUAUUAUCUUGAGAAGGCAACAAAAGGGCAGGAGUAGAAAUAGCUGUGGUUUGGGGGAAUCUUCUUUUGUAAGAUCUUAUACAGCUUAUGUACAGAUUUUGUAGAUUUACUAGGGUUUUUUUUUUAAGUACAGUUUGCUUUAGUGUCUGUAUUGGUUUUUUGAUUUUUUUUUAAAGUUGAAAAUAUUUUUUGACAACUUACUGUGUAAUGGUGAGCUCACUAGCUUUUGGAACUCUGAACUAGAGAAGGCAGGUAGGGUAUAUGAGGCUGUGUCCUGUAAAGUCAGUGUAAGCUUCUAGGCUAUUAGCUUAUGCAAUUCUUUCAUAAACUGAGUUUUAGGAACAAGACUGUAGUUACCUAUACACAAGUUGGAUGUUUAUAGAGCCAUUAGCAUUAGUUACUUUCUUUUCUAGCAGCCAACUCCUCUCUCCCAUCUUCCCUUCCCCCUUUUUUUUGAGUUCUUCUUGAUGUGUCUUGAUGUUCAAAGUGUUAAACUACUUGAUGAUUUUCUACCAGAAAGAUAGCUUCUACUACAUAAAAGAGCACUUUGUAAAACAAAUCAAAGUUGGCUAAUGAUGAACAUAACUGUUUAAAAUAAUUAUAAUUGUGAACAUACAUUUCAGAUCCCCUAAGCAUGAACGGUGAGCCAAAAUCUGGGAGUAGUCCUUCCAGCUUUUGAUUGGAGAACUUCUGUCUUGAUUAAUAUCUUAAUGACUAGGAUAUGUAAUUGGCUUUGUUGUGGGGGAGCAAGUUUGUUAUUUUUAAUUUCUGCUUUUUUUUUUUUUUUUGACGAUUGUGCUUUAAGGGCUUAAAUAUUGCACAUUGUUUUUGAUUUUUACCUAUGCAGUUUAAUCCGUUAGGAAUAGCGCUUGUGCAGUACAUGUACACUUUAUAUAUGCAUGUUUGGUUUUGUUUGUGUAAGUUUUUUUACUUGGAAACGUUCAGAUUUGUUGCUUACCAUGGGACAGUUUCCUAUGACAGUUUUCUGUGAUGCUCUUUACUGCAGUUUUUCUUGUUGUGGUAUUGCUAGUUGUGCAUGAAGUUGCUGUAAUUAUGAAGUGCUUGGCUAUGUAUUUUUGACUGGCUUUAAAAUUGUAUGGCUCUUGUGGAAAAGGUUACCCAUGCAAUUUCAAAACACUAUUCUAUGCUAAUUUUUAUCAUGGAACUGCCACUUCUGAUAUUUUUAGUACCCAUACAGAGUAAUAAAUUCUGAUUUGUGAUUUGGGAUCAUCAGACAGGAAAAUACUCACUCUCAAUGGAAAUGGUCUGCAGAUUCUGCAAGUCUGGAUGAUUUUUUUUUUCCUCCUCUUUUAAUUUCUGUGAUGGACAGCAGUCCAACUUUAUGAGCUUAAAAAACAAACAAAAAACCCAAAAGUAGCACUGAUAUAAGUACGGUUCAUCAAAAUCUAGCAUGUCACACACCAAAAAAACAAAUAAAGAUAAAUCAACUGGUAAGCAACAAACCUGGCAUUAAAACUGUAGGAAUUCCUGCUCCUUAUUCAUUCAAGUGGCAUUUAAUAAAAUCACCCUGCUUCCAUGCAGAGAGAAACACAUAAGUGAUCAGAUUGCCAUCUCAGGUCUACAUGUCAUGCCAGGAGUUUUUUUUUGUUUAGAAACAAAUUUAAUUCCUGGCCCACACAACCACAAGGAGGAUUGCAUUCUGACUGCUUAUAACCAGCCUGUGGCAAAAUGUAAACAAAAUCCAAACCAGCAGGGAAAAGCAAACCCCUCCAGUCCCAUCCGUGCAGCCUCCUGACUGUCAUGAGCCACCUUUCCAGUGGGAGCAGUUGGGGGCAGCUGCUCUGGUUGUAAGCUCCAAAAAAGCAAAUUUGGAGACAGGUGUCACUGGGAGAGUGGAGCUGAGGAGCUCCAACACUAUUUGCCAGAGCACUUUGCUCUCAGUGUCAGCUCUGGAAUAAACCCUGCAUGUCUGCACAUCACCCUCCUCUCCUAACAAACCCACUGCCUUGAAUGAAUAGAGAGCAACAAUGCUACAUUGCUUCUGCUUUUGGGAGAGAUUGGUAAUAGGCGGCCAAAGACGAGAGGGAAGGCAUCCCUUGUGGCAGAAAUAAAUUGUAUAAUGUAUAGUGAGUUUUUGUUUGCUUAGCUAGUGUUCAAUCUUUACCUUGGCUGCGACAAUCAUUGUCAACUGAAGAUCAAGUUGCAACUAUAUUUAUGUUAAACAUUAAGAAAAUAAACCUAGAUGAAUUGUUUUCCUAAACAACCAGUUGUAAUAGCCUUAGAUGUAUUUUUUUCUUCAUAAUAGUAUUUCUUUUAUAUAUAAAUGUCACGAUUUGUGAGUGAUGUGAGCAGAUGCUGGGAAUUCCAGUACUGUGUAGAGGUUUUAUAGCUCCCUUCAUAUCCUUGCGAAGAGCCUUUGCCACCUUGUGAGAGACAUCGAGGACUUUAGCUAUGUUCAAAUAAACUUGUGGUCUGGCCUGAUGAUUUUUCUGAAAUAUUUUUAAAUAAUUUUUCUGAAAUAAUUUUAAAUGAAAACAAUGGUGUUGGCUGACUUUCAGUCUCUCUCUCUGAGUUGAAAACAAAUAUGUGGUUCUCUGAGGUACUGUGCUGCGCAUUUCUGGAAAGUGGUGAAGUUUUCAAUACUUGAUCUGACAAGAACUCUUUGAAGAUGACAGUCAGCUCCUCUUCGACAGUGUUUCUUACCACAAGAUUAGAAACUGAAAAUAAGUUAUUAACAGAUUAAGAAGAAAAAAAGUUUAUUUUUUCUAUCUGAAACCCAUCAUUUAUUUCCUGAAAUACCUAAUGUGGGUAUAAAACUGUGGUGGAAUUCUCUGCCUGAUAAGCCUAAGGUUUAGGAGUGCGUUUUGGUAAAGCAGCAAGGAUGUAAUGCAUUAUGUGUACCUAAAAUAUUAGACAUUGCUAAUAUUGAGUAAGUGAGGGGGGAAGGCAGGUCAGGUGACCCACCAUAUAGGGUGGUCUUACAUUGCUGUAUCUCCCUUUAAACAAUGCCUUUUUAAAGUCUUUUUCAAUAUUCUUAAAUUAUUUUGUGUUGGUUUUGCCAAUGCUAGCAUUUUUUGUGUUUCUUGGCAAUAAUACCCGUAUGACACGUGGUUGGAAGGAUUAGCACAACGAUAGCCCAAGGCUGCCAGCCCUUGGUUGAGCAACGUGGUGUUUCGGGCUUUUACUGCAUGAAUCUAUACACGCAAAGUAACUGCCCUGAGGCACGAUCUAGAAUUGGGUAGCUAGGCAUUAAUAAUCCAUGGUAUUGUAGUUGCUGUUUCUGGAUUUUUGCGAUCUAGAUUGGAACUUUAGUCCUUUAAGGAAGAAGAAUGUUUAACAACUGACAGGCCACUUGAGAUAUGGUAGUGUCAUUGAUUUCAAUAGAUUUAAUUGAUUUCAACAUAUUUAAUGUAGCUGAAAGGUAUUAAAUCGAAUUCAGGAGUUUUCUUUAAUGUCAGUUGUGUAGAUAUGUGGCAUGCGUACAAUAUUAACAGAAUCCAGAUAGCUAACAGGAUUGUUUUGUGUGUACAUACAUUUUCCCGCCACUCUGAAGUUACUAGCUAACAAACUUUUGUAAGCUGGCAUGGAGACAUGUUUAUGAUGUUUAGUUGCACCAUGUUUGAUGCUUUUACAGUGCAAUACUUGUAUUCUCUGAAUUAAACCAAAGGUAUUUUUUUCAUGCUCUCUACUGUAGUGCAUGACAGUCUUUUCUACAGUUGUAAUAGAUGUAAAACAAGCCAGACCGUACAUCCUGUUUUUGCCUAAAGCAUGUAUAAGAAGUCUUUUGUCCAAAAUGUAGUAUAAAGUUAAACUAAAUUGCAUUAUAUUAACCCUUCCAAGUGUAUUUUCCUAAGCAUAGUUAUGAUUAAAUAAACUUUAUUAAGGAA